CCCACACUUUGUUGACUCCUGUCUCAAGCAAAAUUGAAAAGUUUUCUUUUUCCGGUUUGUAGAAGUUCACGCUUACAAACAAAUGUAAAAGUGGAAUAACCUCACUAACUUCCUGCAUAUAUUUAACUUGCAGCAUUAGCCAAGCAUAUGGAGCAGUUAUACUUUUAGUUAGUUAAAGGUUCCCUCGUAUGACAUGCGGAGCUUUAUUAUAGCAUCAAACGACCACCUAAAGAUAUUGUGAUACCCCUCAGGCCAACACUCUUAGCUCUGUCAGCACUGUUGCUGUUGUUUGCGCUGUUAGCGCUGCGCGUCAGUCGCCAUGUUGAGAGCCGUGUGGAGUCAAUACAUAUGCUCUGAAUAUUGAAUUUAUCACCUUUUAGGAAACAGAGAGAGGGAGCUCUUUCUGAACGUGAUUACCCCUAAAAAGUGUUUUGCCUUGGGCUCGUAUUAUUAGGAGUCAUUGCGAGCUAUCAAAUGUCAGCAUCUGCCUCCUUCUGCCAAGACAGCUGUGCAUGUUUGUGUCAUUUCCUGUUAUCAGCCGGGGAUGACAUUAUCGGUUGCGACCGACUUGCCCGAUAGUGACAUCAUGCAUCACCGAGACCUGGAUUUUCAGGUCGUCGCCCGAGUUCAGAUGACCUCGUUCUCAACCUGCCAAAAAUGAACCAAUUUAAAAGAAUGGACACUGCGGAGUGGGAAGGAGAACAACAGAGCAGACGUGAUUGGUGUGAAUGCACUCGGCGGGUCUGCGCUCUCUCUCUCUGGACUCACUUGGAGUGUGCACACUUCCUGCCUGUUUAGAUUUGCUCUGGAAAUGAAUCUCGCCGAUCUAUCAUCACCGCGCGUGGUCCGCAGUGACCGGGGUCGUGCCCUUUGUGAAAUUGAAGUGGGAUCACGGCAAUAUCCAUCUCUGUCUGCCUCUCUGUCAGGAUAGACACCAUAGAUGUGAUGGAUAUCUUUGUCAAAGGGGACGAUUUAGUAUCCCAAACACCAGCAGGGAAACACACUGUCGUAAAUCUACGUGGGUCACUUACUUACACCCUCUGUUACAGUAUGAACAACUCUAGAGGCUGUAAUGACACAUUAAAGCUUUGAUAUAUGAUAUAUGCUAAUUGCAUAUGGACUGCUUAAUUAAUGGACAUUUGAAGUAGCUGCUGAAUUGGCAGAAAGGAUCUUAGCAGAUGUUAAAAACAGGCAGAGAUUAAGAAUCAACUUGUUGUCAUUUUCUUUUUGCUUCAGAUUUUUUCCCCCCAUUUCCUUCUUUGCGCCUCUCUGCCAGUCUUUUUCUGACAGCAUUAUCAAUAUAUGGCCAUAAAAUGACUUACAUCUCUAUAACCAAGGUGAGAGUAAUGUCUCCAUUGUCAGUGAUGACAAGGACAUUAUACCAUUGCACUGGAUUGAUGUUCUGUGGAUGAAAUGGAUGCCAAAAAAGGUGACACACCUUUGGUGCCUGAGAGGGGACACCACUUCUUUUGGCCCUGUGACUGGCAGGUGGCCCCGGCACUUGAAGUGGAGUGAUUUAAACAACUUCUAUGCUUGUUUGUGUUUGUAGAGAUACACACAGAUCAUAUGUCCCUAUGCAUUGAAAUUGUUUGUUUUUAUUGCAAUGUUGGUACACCUCCGACUGCACCUAUGGAAACAUGAUGUCUCUGCUUCAGUUGUCCGUGUAUUAACUAUUUUGACGUCACUCUAAUCAAUGGUCAGUUUCACAUCUGAAGCAGAGAGCAUAGCAUUUUUUCUAAGACACAGAACAUGAGUUAAGUACAGUCAGGGACAAAUUUGGAUUUGGCUUUGUGCUCUUCAACCCUGGAUGUCAAUUUAAAGUCAAAGUAAAACUUAAAUCUUUAAUUUGAGGAUGUUUACAUUCACAUUCGACAAACAUUGGGGGAAUUGUUGCCCUUUUUUUAAGCUAAAUCAUAUAUAUUAACUGUAAAAUGUGACGUAAAGUGGAACUGGACGUCGCCCUAUUUAAUGAUAUCUAAUUCUUUGCAGUUAAUGGUCGAUGACCCACAGACAUCAGCAGUGUCCUCCUCUGUGAUUCUCUGCUGGGCCUUGAUCGUAUCUUAACUCGUUUAAAGUGACACCGUGGUGUUUCCUUUAAAACAGAGACUAUUCCAUCACACAACAUGGCCCCCUCCACAAGCUGAAAGGGGACAGACGGAGCGUCCUGGUGUGGUUGAGUGUGUGUGCGCCUAUACUCCAUGGAUGCAUAGACAGAGAGCUGUGUCAAGAAAUGUAGAAACCUCGUGCUAUUUGUUAGCACGAGGAAAACAUACACGCACCUAAUCGCUGUGCUUUAUAUGCACAGCAAGGUUUGCAUCUUAAUAUCGGUUAAUUUCCCUCGUCUGAUUGGGGUUUUAUUUCAAACACUUUUGAUUUCCCUACAGAGCAGUAAAUUGCUGACAAAGCGUUGGUGAGAUGAUACAUACCCCGAGGAAACAAAAAGCCAUGAUUCUUUUUCUUUUUGUCAUCAGAUCCUAAAGAGAGAGCAGUAAUCAAGACUGGUGACUCACAUGGUUGUAGUAGUUAUGAACCAGAUCAAAUGUAAUGCACACCUAAAUGCUCAAUGUAUUGAUAUCUCUAUAUACCGUCAGUUGUUCAGCUGCUGCACUGCGCCGUCACAAAGAGCACAUCAUCACCUGUCUGUUUACUGGGUUUCUAUUCUUCAUGCAUUAUUUAUCUCACAGAGAAACAAUUCUUCUGAAGAACACAAGAUGCCUUUUGGAGAGUCUGAAAAUGUGAGCUGCGAGACGCUGUACCUCAGGAACCCUUCUACAAUAAGUGCAUCACUUGUGUGUUAACAGAAGGCGAGAUCAAAGAGUAGAGCACUCUGAAGGAACAGAAGGAAAUUGCAACGGGGAAUGUGAAGCAGAAAAUGUAUCAAUACGUGGACGCAUUUGUGCCGGGGAGAGUUCAAAUCUUACAUGAGAAGCACUUUAAAUCAAUAGCAGCUUAUGAAACAAGUCAUACUUGUGCUGUUGGUAUUCCAUGUCACAAAUUGUACGUAUAUAAGCAAGUUACUGCAAAAACAUAAAUACUAUGCCCAUGAUAGUAAUGCUAUUACAAAAUUCUGCAACACAUCCUGUGUCUGCGUCAAUUAGCGACUUCAAAAAUGAUUGCUCGGCAGGCAGUAAAGACAUUUUAUUUAAUUUAAUUAAUUUGGUUCUUUAAUCUUGCCUUGGACCUACGAGCUUGACUCAUCUCAACUACGGUACUGUGAGGUCUAAAGUAGUGUUUUUACUGUCUUAUUGAUAAUUGUAAAGCAGUGGUGGCCAAAGGUGUUUGACUGUGAGCCAUAUUCAUAAAAAUAUAAGGAGUCACGGCUCAAACAACCAGUUACACUGCAAGAACAUCUCUGUUUCUAGAGCAGCAAACCACAUGUUCAUUUCAAACCAAAAUAACAAGGCAACACUAUGUACAGUAUAUACAGUAUAUCUGCUGUUUUAUUAGUGUGCCCUCAUUUUACAAAAAACAUUUCUGUAUCCGCUGCUCUUAAAUUCAAUUUUAAACAAAAUAAAGACGUUUAAACUCAAGGUGCUCCGUCCCCUUCCAGCCACUAAAACAACCAAAGUGUGGCAGCGCACUCCCUUUGCACACUACAUAUGACACGACUGAUGGCAGAUUACACUCUGUGCCUUAAAUGACAGAUCAUUGAUAAUCACUCAAAUGUCAAAUUACUUUAAGGUUACCUUUACUCUGCUAUGUCAUAAACGCUGUGAGUAAUGCAAUAUUAAUAACAAAAGAUAAGAACUUCUUACAGAAGCUGCCCAGAAUUCACCAAAGUCUGAGUCCCAAAUGGCGUUUUUUGACCACAGGCGUGUGGUUUUAUGUCUUGUAAUUUUGCUUGUAGAGCUUGUUAUAUAACAAAUAGAGGCCCGCCACAGACUAUUGGGAGGAUAGGACACAAUGCUGACGAGAAUGCCUAACAAACAAAGGAAAGAUUGGCUUGUUGUAACAUUUCCUCUUUGAAAAAUGGCUAUUUUCAUCGGUAGGGUGGUCAAAUUAUUCUUUAAAAGAAUGGAAAUAUAUGAAAGAGAAAAGAUGAUAAAUAGUUCAAUCAAACGUACAAACGUGAUCUUACUAACGGUACUUAGUUACUAUCGUUUUACUGUUUGAACAUAUGCGCUUUAUUGUGAAAUGUGAAUCGGGGUCAUCUUGGGAAACGAGCGUCAGAGACAGCAGCUGCGUUCACACCCAAACCUGGCCAGGAACUAUUACUGCUCAGUGUGUUAGGACUCAUGGUCACAGUAGUGUUCGCUCAUCACUUGGCACCUCAAGGCAGACAACAGAGAGUCCAAAAGAUGUAAAAGUUACUGGAGGAUAUAGCGUUGAGGUUGAGCUUAACGGAAUCACGUCUGACCAGAAAGCGAAGAGUUCGGGCCUGUUUUCAUCCAUGAGCCAGGCGACGUUGUUUUUCCUUUGGACUCGGAUGAAAAGAAAGUGGUGAUGCACUGCCAGGCUCGGGGGAAUCCGCCGCCUACAUACAGUUGGUACAUCAACGGGACAGAAGUGGACGCAGAGGCAGACUGCCGCUACAGCUUCAUUGAUGGGAACUUAAUUAUUACCAACGCAAGUGAGAGCAGCGACUAUGGGAAGUACCAGUGCAAAGCAGGGAACGGCUUCGGGACCGUCCUGGGUCGAGAAGCUCUUCUGCAGUUUGCAUAUCUCGGCGCCUUCAGUGGGAAGACCAGGGGCGGGGUUUCCGUGCGUGAAAGCCAAGGUGUGGUGCUCAUGUGUACUCCUCCGCCUCAUUCACCAGAGAUCAUCUACAGCUGGGUGUUCAAUGAGUUCCCCUCAUUCGUGGCCGAGGACAGUCGUCGCUUCAUCUCCCAGGACACAGGCAACCUGUACAUCUCCAAGGUGCAGCCCUCUGACGUAGGAAGCUACAUCUGUCUGGUGAAGAACGCAGUGACGAACGCGAGGGUCCUGAGCCCUCCGACGCCACUCACGCUGAAAACCGACGGUGUCAUGGGUGAAUAUGAGCCCAAAAUUGAAGUGCAUUUCCCUACAUCCGUUCUGGCUGCCAGAGGAGUCACUGUCAGGCUGGAGUGCUUUGCUCUGGGGAAUCCAGUGCCAACAAUCACAUGGAGGAAGAUCAAUGGCAACAUCCCCAAAAAAGCAAGACUUCGGAAGUCCCAGGCUGUGCUGGAAAUUCCCAGCAUUCAACUGGAGGACUCGGGAACCUACGAAUGCAAAGCUGAGAAUCCGAGAGGAGGCACUGCUUUCAAAGGACACCUGCAGGUCUACACCCUCCCUCAGUGGGUCAGGAUGAUUAAUGACACCCAGAUGGAUAGUGGAGAGAAGCUCCAGUGGGAGUGCAAGGCCAUGGGGAGGCCCCGGCCCACCUAUCACUGGCUUCUUAAUGGUCUGCCCUUGACAUCCCAGGGCCGAGUUGAAAUAAUGAACGGAGAGCUGACUAUUCACAGAGUGCAGCAGGCGGACUCAGGAAUGUACCAGUGUGUCGCAGGAAAUAAGUACGGGGCCAUCUACUCUAACGCCGAACUCAAGAUUUUAGCGUCGCCUCCUGUCUUUGUCCACAAUCCCGUACGGGUCAUUGCCACGCUUGGAAAAGACGUUUUGCUGGAGUGCAAACCCAGAGCAUCGCCCAAACCACGGAUAACAUGGAAGAGAGGAGACCGCAGGAUACAGCAAAGCAGAAGGAUUAUGUUGUUACGGAACAAUACUCUGAGAAUUGUCAACUCCAGCCGAGCAGAUGAGGGGAACUAUGUGUGCCGGGCAGAGAAUCAGCUGGGCUCGGCAGAGAUGACGGCCGUACUGUGGGUAAAAGAGGCCAUGCGUGUGGAGCUCAGCCCGAGCAGAGUGGAAGUGACCGUGGGGGAGAGCGUGGUGCUGAGCUGCAAGGCCGCACAUGACACGUCGCUGGAUGUGGCCUUCCAGUGGUUCUUCAACCAGAAGCCCAUCAACUUCCAACAGGACGGCGGCCAUUUUGAAUACAUCCAAACAGUAAGAGCCAGACAGUCUUCAACAGUGGAUCUGAUGAUUAGGAGCAUUUUGUUGAAGCAUGCUGGGAGGUACGGGUGCCGGGCCCAGACCAGUGCUGACGCUGUAUUCGCGGAGGCCGAACUCCUUGUUCGAGGUCCUCCCGGACCCCCUGGAGUGGUGAUAGUGGAGGAGAUCACGGACACCACGGCCACCCUGUCCUGGACUCGUGGCCUGGACAACCACAGCCCUAUCAGCACCUAUAAUUUACAGGCCCGCAGCCCAUUUUCAUUAGGCUGGCAAACUGUCAAAACAGACCCAGAGCCAGUGACGGGGGACAUGGAGUCAGCCAUGGCUGUGGAGCUCAACCCCUGGGUGGAAUACGAGUUCAGGGUGGUGGCCAGCAAUGCGAUCGGAACCGGGGACCCCAGUGCAACGUCCAGAGGCGUUAGGACGAAAGAAGCAGUCCCGUCAGUGGCACCAUCGAACGUCAGCGGAGGGAACGGCCGCAGGCACGAACUGGUCAUCUCGUGGGAGCCCGUAUCCGAGGAGUUCCAAAAUGGCGAGGGCUUUGGGUACAUCGUUGCGUUUCGCGCCAACGGAACCAGAGGCUGGAAGGAGAAGAUGGUGACGUCAGCGGACUCCACGACGUACAAGUACCGAGACGAGACCUUCCCUCCCCUCACCCCGUUUGAAGUAAAGGUCGGAGUGUACAACAACAAGGGAGACGGGCCGUUCAGCAAAGUUGUCAUCAUCCACUCUGCGGAGGGCGAGCCGAGGGAAGCGCCGUCUGAUGUCAAAGCUUACAGCAUUUCUUCAUCGGAAAUUCGUGUCACUUGGAAACCGCCCAAUCCUGGCCCGGGGAGACCAAGAGGAUAUGAGGUCAGCUACUGGAAAGACAUGGAACAGGAGGAGUCGGGGAAUAAACAAAGAACUGUGAAAAAUGAAACGUCCAUGGUCCUGACAGGACUAGAGGGCAACAGUCUGUAUCUCAUCACUGUAAAAGGCUUCAACAGCAUCGGCCAGGGUCCUGCCACUGCAGCUGUCACAGCCAACACCAGGAAAGCCCCUCCUGCUCAGCCUCCAACUAACCUCAUGUGGAUUCAAGAGGGCAACAACGUGUCUUUAAACUGGGACCCGGUGGGGGCAAAGGACAACGAAUCGGAUGUCAUCGGGUACAUGGUGUUACUCAAACAGGAGGGCAGAGGCCACAACCAGGUGACCAGAACCAUUAACCCUUCCACCUUGCUGUCACUGCCAGAGGGAGGCACCUAUAUCAUCGAGGUGUGCGCCCUCAGCGAAGGGGGAGAGGGAGCGGUCAGCUCCCAAGUCCGAGUGGUCACCUCCUCCGGUGUGCGAGCAAAAAGCAACCAGCGCUCAGUGCACUGCACGCCACGGGGCCUGACAUGGACAGCAAUGCUCCUGGUUCUUCUGGUGCCUUCAGCUUCCUGGUGAGGCCACAGUGCUCCUCAUCUCCGCGGAGGGAGCCACCAGUCUUCAGCUCCCUUAUUCCCUCUGACUGCCUGCUUGCUUUGGCCUUAGCCAGUCCCGAAGGGCCCGAGGCCUGCCAAAGGGAGGUUGAGUCUGCCGGUUCUCCAGAGUUCCAUCCAUUUCAGUUCCCUGUUUCUUUUGAGGCCCUGGGUGUUUGAUUUGCACAGCUCUUUCCGACAUCACAAUAGUGCUGUACUGUAGUGUGCAUUGCGUGGAAAGAUUUGUUUAACCGUUUACUUUGACAUCAAGUGUUCCUCUCAUUGACUGGCGUCUAACCACUUCCAGACGGCUCCUACGGCUCUGUGGCUCCACAGAGCAUGAACAAUUCCUCGAAAAGCUGCCGUGGUAGUAAUACAGGGAUCAGCCGGCCUGUUUCUUUUCAUUACUUAUCUGCGUCAAUUUACCCCUUGGCUGCCUAACAAGCAAUGCAGCAGAAGCUCAGUCGAGAUAAGUGCAUUGUUUUCUUAUUCACACAUUGAGGAAAAAGUUUUUUAUGGAACCAAGAAUCUUUCCAGACUUGCAUUUUGUACAUUGUGUUACCUUUAGAGCAAAAAAAAAACAAAAAAAACAGUGGUGUGUGUCAGCUAUGUCAAACUCUCUGUUUCUUGGUAGUGAUUAAGCAACGCUUGGUGAUACAGUUUGUUGACUGUUGGAUGUAUGGAGAUAGGAAACAGGUUCUUAACUUCAGUGCCCGGACACAUCGGUAGACAAAGACAACUCUGUACGGACUCUUGGUAUCAGUACAAAUAAAUGUGAUGUAUAUUUUUUAAACAGUUGUUGUUUGUAUUUUCUUACUUUUAGAAAGGUAAUAUUUCUAACAACACACGAGGGCUAUUAUUUUAUAAUCAUUUUGUCUCUACAGUUUUUCCCAAAUCUUUAAACUGCUUACUUUGUCUGACCAACAGUCCAGGAUCCAAAGAUCUCCAGUGAAAUACAACAAAGAAAAGCACCAAACCCCCACAUUUGAGAAGGUGGAAACUGACAGUAUUUGUUUUUGCUCGGUUAAUGGAGAAUAAAAAAUUGUUGAUCCACUAAAUGACAAUCAUCCCUCCAGUACAAAUUUCACCGUGACACUCUCGUUCUAUAUAUUUCAUCUCUAAAUGUUCAUGAGACAGUUCUGCGCUUUUAAAAAAGCCUUUCCCCAAGUGUUAUGUAAAGUUUGGGUUGAUUGAAUUCCACACACGUGGCAGUAGAGGCCACGAAACAUUCUGCGAUAAAAGAACCACUGCAUAGUCAAAUAGGGCAGCAUCAAGAGUAUCUCUCCCUGCUCUCGGGCUCCUCUCUUGCCUUGUCUGCAGUUAAAGCUUAUCUCUCACUGGGCAGAAAUCCAAAUGAAUUGGCCUCAAGUGUAAUUAAUGUUAGAAUGGAGAUCUGUAGUCCUAACGCCGGCUUGCUUGAGCAGACCUUUUCGCUUGCUCCGCCUCCAGCUCCCUGGACUCUCCAUUACAGAGUCGGAGUAACCCGGCUGACCUGCUCGGGUUCAGACCAGGGUACUAGCGCAACCACAAGAGAUAGGACCACACGGCGAAACAGAGGACAAGCACCGCUCCGAGCGGUGUCCCUCA